UGUUUUAAUAAAACAAAAAAAAAAAACUCAAAAAUGAGUUUCAAAAAAAAAAACAACAAUUCUAUAUCUUAGAAAAUUAUGCUUUCUCACUCGAUAAAAUUGAUCAUGAAAACAGAAAACAAUACAAUCAGUCAAAAUUAUUAACUUUCCUCACUUCGAACAAAAAACAAAAAAAACGAAUUCGCACUGAUAUCUCCUUCAUUGACAUAUUCCACGAACGAAUGUGAGUAUAGACCAUCUAUUCUUAAAGUGGGUUUGACAAACUUAAAAUUGCGUUUCUGUCAAGGUUACAAACUUGAAUUUUAUAACCAUUUAUUGCAAGGAUUUCAAGUGUUUAGAUUAUUUACAAAGUUAUCGAAUUACGUAAUUUUUACGAAGCAGGUGAAUUCAUUUGGUACAAAUGAGCAGUCGGGAUCGACACUAGCUCAGUAUUGAAAAUACAGCCUAUCUGUGAGAGCUCGUGAAGUUGACGUUUUUGCAGGUACCUGGGUACAUUACAAUCGGUACUUUAUUAUUUGUGCACAUAUUUCACAUCCAUCAGUAUAAGCUAUACACGUAGAAAUAUCUGAUGUGUAGGUGACACAGUAUCCCGACAGAAAAAAGCAUCACUUUUUGAACUCGUCGAAAAAAUGCACCUGUAUAUAGCGAUUUUUUUCUCGAUAUCCUUUUUUUAUAGUAAUCCGGUAGCAGAAUCCGCCAAAAUACUGGGUAUUUUCCCAACGAUAAGUAGAAGCCAUCAUUCGAUAAACCAACCAAUUGUCAAAGGCUUAGCCUCUAGAGGUCACCAAGUCACCGUAAUUAGUGCUUUCAAAUCUAACGACAAUGUACCAAAUUAUACGGAAAUUGUCAUCUCACAGCCAGAGGAACUUACAACUUGGGUAGACGCUAUUACAAUUGAAGAUAGUGUUAAUUUCGUAGGAGCUCGAAAACUUAUGAAAAUAUCAGCUUAUGUGGAAUUAUCCAAUUGCGAUAAAAUUCUCCGUGUAGAAUAUGUAAAGCAAUUGAUACAUUCUAAAGAUCAAAUCGAUUUAAUUAUGACUGAAGUUUAUCAUAUUCAGUGUAUUCAUCUAUUGGCGCAUAAAUUAAACGUCCCCUUGAUAAUCGUCCAACCUCUGAGCAAUCACAUGGGGGCUGACUACUUUGUUGGAAAUCCAUUCACUCUAUCUACCACACCAAUGUGCGUUACUGCGUUUACAACAAAAAUGAAUUUUUGGCAACGUUUCGAGAAUGUUUUUGAGUAUGCGGUAGACUACUGGUAUCAUAAUUUCGUACACAAUAAAGAUAUGGCCACAUAUGCCCGUAAAUACUUCAAUAUGGAACUGCCGUCAGAUGAAGAGCUUCACAGAAGAACAGCUUUGGUCUUUUAUGACAAUCAUUUGAGUUUCAUUUCAAGACCAAAAUCUCCCAAUGUUAUUGAUAUUGCCGGAACACACAUCAAAGAACCUAAAAAAUUACCCAAGGAUAUAGAAGAAUUUAUCGACGGAGCUGCUCAUGGAGUAAUUUUCUUUUCAUUUGGGACUGCAAUGAAAGCUAGCAGUAUAUCACCUGAAAAAAUAAGAGCAAUCAAAGCUGCCUUUUCAGCUAUACCUCAAAGAGUUCUAUGGCGAGUAAAUGAUUUGAACAUAACUGAUGUUCCUCCAAAUGUCAAGUUAGGUAAAUGGUUUCCUCAACGAGAUAUAUUAGAGCACAAGAAUGUAAUCGCAUUUAUUAGCCAUUGUGGUCUACUUGGGAUACUGGAAGCUAUUCACACGGCAACUCCAGUCAUAGGAAUGCCCUUCGCGUUCGAUCAAUUUCAAAAUGUCAAAAUAUUGGUCGAACGUGAAGUGAGUAUCGAAGUUGACUAUUUUGAAAUGAAUAAAGAUACUCUCAUCUAUGCCAUUAAAGAAAUCACUACAAACACCAAAUACAAAGAGAAUAUUAUUCGUUGGUCAAAUAUUUUCAAAGAUAGACCCAUGUCUGCUCUAGAUGAAGCGUUGUACUGGACAGAAUACGCAUUGAAGCAUCGAGGAGCUCCGCAUUUGAGAACAGCAGCUGCUGAUAUGCCAUUCUAUCAGUACUUUCUAUUGGAUGUACUCGCAUUUAUACUAUUUAUUGCUAUAUGUUUUUUGUACUUUUCGAAAUUAUUUUUUAAAUGCGUGAUUUUCCUCGUAUGUCGACAGAAACCAAAGAAAAAUAAAACGCAAUAAAACCUUA